AUGUUUUUCCGUGUGCCUCAAUUGGCCUCAGGCGAGGUGACUUCACCGAGACAUAGUUUACUGUAUCAUAAAACAAUCAAAGCUAAGCUUCAUAAGAUCUACUUGAAAACCCAUCAUUUUGCUAGGUUCUUGCUAUUCAGACAGUACUUAAAAGAUGAUGAUGAUUUACGACUUGUCUUUAAUGCUUAUAAGGUUGCAUUCAGGUUUCUUGAUGCUGUUGGACAAAGUGACAGCAAGCUGGCACAAGGGACUAGAGAAGCAAGCUCUGAAGAUGAGCUUUUGGAAGAGGUUGGGAGAGCAGCUUUGGAAGGUGAGCUCUCGGAUGAAGCCAGAGAAGCUAGCUUUAACAUUCACCCAGAUAAACUUGCAUCUGUCGUCCGUAACCAUGAAAUCAAGUCCUUGAGAUUACUCAGAGGAGUUGAAGAGCUUGCAAGCAGAGUAAAAGUCUCGUUGAAUGAAGGAGUCAAAACAAGUGAUGUGAGCAUCAGGCAGAAGAUAUAUGGCUUUAACAAAUAUACUGAGAAACCUUCUAGAAGUUUUUGGAUGUUUGUGUGGGUUGCUUUGCAGGAUUUAACUCUUGUUAUCCUCAUGGUUUGUGCUGUGGUUUCAAUAGGUGUGGGACUUGCCACUGAAGGAUGGCCAAACGGCAUGUAUGAUGGGUUGGGAAUCGUAAUUAGUAUAUUCUUAAUAGUCAUUGUUACAGCAGUCAGUGACUACAAGCAAUCCUUGCAAUUUAAGGACUUGGAUAAGGAGAAGAAGAAGAUAUUUAUUCAGGUCACUAGGGAUAAACAUAGACAAAAGAUCUCCAUAUACGACCUGGUCAUCGGAGAUGUUGUUCAUUUAGCCACAGGAGACAAAGUUCCAGCUGAUGGGAUAUUUAUAUCAGGAUACAGCUUGUCGGUGGACGAGUCAAGUUUGUCAGGCGAGAGUGAGCCAGUAAAUAUAGAUGAAAAAAAACCUUUUCUUCUCACAGGAACCACAGUGCAAAAUGGAUCAGGUAAGAUGCUGGUAACGGCUGUUGGUAUGAGAACGGAAUGGGGUAAGUUGACGGAGACUCUAAAUGAGGGUGGAGAAGACGAAACGCCACUGCAGGUGAAGCUGAAUGGUGUUGCUACAAUCAUCGGUAAGAUUGGAUUGGGUUUUGCUGUGCUGACAUUUGUUGUGCUGACAGUAAGAUUCUUGGUGGAGAAAGCACUUCACCAUAAGUUUACAGAUUGGUCUUCCAGUGAUGCCCUGAAACUUUUGAACUACUUUGCUACUGCAGUAACUAUAAUUGUUGUUGCAGUUCCAGAGGGACUACCACUGGCAGUUACACUGAGCCUCGCUUUUGCAAUGAAAAAAAUGAUGAAUGAGAAGGCACUCGUAAGGCAUCUCUCUGCAUGUGAGACAAUGGGUUCUGCUACUUGCAUUUGCACGGAUAAGACAGGGACACUGACGACAAACCAUAUGGUUGUUGAUAAGUUCUGGAUAUGUGGGAAGUCUAAAAGGGUAAAAGGUGGGGAGCGUGGAGAUAUAUUGAAUUCAGAAACAUCAGAAAAGUUUAUAAACAUCCUCUUCCAAGCAAUAUUUCAAAAUACAAGUUCUGAGGUGGUCACAGAUAAAGAUGGAAAGAAAUCCAUUUUGGGAACAGCAACGGAGUCAGCAUUGCUAGAAUAUGGCUUGCUUCUGGGUGGUGAUUUUGAUGCUCAUCACCAGGAGAAUAUUAUCCUGAAGAUUGAACCUUUCUGUUCAGACAAGAAAAAGAUGUCUGUUCUAGUGUCUCUUCCCGAAGGUGGGUUCCGAGCCUUUUGCAAAGGUGCAUCAGAGAUUAUUUUAAGAAUGUGUGACAAGGUCGUUGAUACCAAUGGGGAACCUCUACAUAUGUCAGAGGAACAAACAAAAAAUAUCAGUAAUGUCAUCGAUGGUUUUGCCUGUGAAGCUUUGAGAACCCUUUGCUUGGCCUUUAAGGAUUUUGACUACUGUCCAAAUGAUAAUAGCAUCCCUAAUAGCGGCUACACAUUGAUAGCAGUGGUUGGAAUUAAGGACCCAGUUCGUUCAGAGGUUAAGGAUGCAGUUCAAACUUGUUUAGCAGCAGGAAUUACUGUGCGUAUGGUCACUGGUGACAAUAUUAACACAGCUAAAGCCAUCGCUAAAGAAUGUGGAAUACUGACUGAAGAUGGUUUGGCCAUAGAAGGACCAGAAUUUCGCAGCAAAACGCUUGAGGACUUGAAGGAUAUAAUACCUAGAAUUAAGGUAUUAGCACGGUCUUCACCUAUGGACAAGCACACCUUGGUAACCCACCUGAAGAAUAUGUUCAAAGAAGUUGUUGCAGUUACUGGUGAUGGCACUAAUGAUGCUCUUGCUCUGCGUGAAGCAGACAUUGGACUUGCUAUGGGUAUAGCAGGAACAGAGGUUGCAAAAGAAAGCGCUGAUGUCAUUAUACUGGAUGACAAUUUUACAACCAUAGUGAAUGUAGCUAAAUGGGGACGUACUGUAUAUAUCAACAUUCAGAAGUUUGUGCAGUUCCAGUUAACUGUCAAUGUUGUCGCACUAAUGAUCAAUUUUCUUUCUGCAUGCAUCUCAGGAUCUGGACUCCUUACGGUUGUGCAGUUGCUAUGGGUCAACCUGAUUAUGGACACACUAGGUGCAUUGGCAUUGGCUACGGAACCGCCAAAUGAGGGACUGAUGGAUAGGCCUCCUGUUAGGAGAGAUGUGAGUUUUAUUACCAAGGCCAUGUGGAGAAAUAUUAUUGGUCAUAGUGUUUAUCAACUGGCUGUCCUUUUAGUUCUUAAUUACAAUGGGAAGCAACUUUUGAGACUUACAGGAUCAGAUGCUACAGCCAUUCUCAAGACUUUCAUAUUCAACGCCUUUGUCUUUUGUCAGGUGUUCAACGAAAUAAACAGCCGUGAGAUUGAGAAGAUAAACAUUCUUCGUGGUAUGUUCGAUAGCUGGAUAUUCGUAGGUGUCAUGGUUUCCACAGUAAUAUUCCAAGUAAUAAUAGUCCAGUUCCUGGGAACUUUUGCUAGCACUGUACCGUUAAGCUGGGAAAUGUGGUUACUCAGCAUUUUGAUAGGAGCAGUGAGCAUGCCUGUUGCAAUUGUUUUGAAGUGCAUCCCAGUUGAAAGAGAGAAUGCUAAGCACCAUAAUGGGUAUGAUCUACUCCCCAGUGGUCCAGAACUUGCUUGAAAAAGGGGAGAAGGCAAUACAGAAUAGGUAUUAUCAAGUUCAAAACCCUAGAAAGUUCAAAGUGAUCUGUCAAAUUUUGUCGAUGAAGGGCAGCAUAAAAGUUCUUCAAAAAAUAGGAAAAAUGAAAUUAAGAAGAAAUAAAUAAAGGUGGAGACAGAAGACAUGUAGCUAAUGCAAGAUAUAACCUUCUAAUCUCUAACAUGACCAUCUAAUCUCUAGAAUGUAGUUAGUUGCUAUUUGAAUAUUUAGGUAUUCUUCAUAGUCUCUCUCUUUUCUCACUGAUGAAACACGCCAUGAUGGAUCAUUGUAGAAAGUAUUUUUGUGGGAAGUACUUUUUUCCAAUAUUUUGUAACUAGGGAACUUCAAAGGAAAAUACUUUCUACAAUGAUCCAUGAUGGCCUGUUUGAUCUCUGAGAAAAGACAUAAACUAUGAAGAAUGACUUGAAUGUCGUGUUGGUACAAAGAAAACUCCGAUCACUAGUCUUUCUGGGUUGUUUUCUCUUCCUAUGUUGGAAUGUCAAGUUAAUGUUGUACACAGUUUUCGUUGCAUUUAACCGACAAUAUCUCAAUUUCUCAACCAGUAAAUUUGUUAGAACUUUUGUCUCCCCCUUUUUUUUGUUUUCCCUCUCAAUUCAGGAAUACUUUCCAUGCUUUCUAGAAUGUAAUUGUCUCCUCUACGGUGAGAAACUAUUGUAGUUGUCGACUGUUUUACUUUAUUUUAACCGACUUCUACACCCAUUUUUGUUCCUUAUUUGCAAUUUUAUCAGUUCAUAAUUUGUAUGUAGAGCUGGAAAAUGUGAUACAAGUGCAAUCUUUCUUGUUUCUCUUUUUGUUUUCUAGCUUUUGUAAUAGUAUAUUAUGAUACAUGAUGAUCAGUGUAUGCAGCUACUGAUGGG